GUCCGGCCUGUGGGACCCCCCCAGUGUGGGUGGGGACACCCUGGCUGAACCCCCGCCCCGGUGCGGAUCGGACCUGUGCACAGGGUGGGGUGCGGGCCUGUGCGACCCUCGCCGUUUUUAGGAGGGGUCUGGCCUCUGCUACCCCCUGGGAUGGGUGGGGAACCCACCAGCCUGGCCCCAACCCCAGUGCAGCCCCGGCCCCAUGGAGGCUCCAGCGCGAUCCUCACCUCUGUCGAGGGGGGUGGUCUCUGGGUCCCGCCGGGAUGGAUGGGGAGCCCCCAGCCUGACCCCCAUCCCCACCCCGGUGCAGUGCAGACCCCGAGCACGGUGCAGGGAGGGAGACCCUGUGCGAUCCUCACACCUUUUGUGGGCAAAUGGACUCUGGGUUCUCCUAGUAUGAACGGGGAGCCCACCAACCUGACCUCCAUCCCUGCCCCAGUUCCAUGGAGACCCCAGUGGCAACCCUUGCCCCUGUGUGUGAGGGUGGUCUCUGGGUCCCCCCAGUAUGGAUGGGGAGGGCCCAGAUGAACCUCCAUCCCCACUCUGGUACAGAGCAGACCCUGGGGAUGGAGGGGCCCUGUGCAAUCCUUGCCUCUUUUAGGGAAGGGUUUGGGCUCUGCAUCCCUCUGGCAUGGCUGGGGAGCCUCCGGCCUGACCCCCAUCCCUGCCCCGGUGCUGGUGGGCACGGGGAGGUGCAAGGGGCAGCCCCCAGGGGAUUCUGGGGCUUGGCUGUGCCUGGGCACAGGCUGGUCCCAGGGUUUGUGGUUCCUGGGAGCUGCCCCAGCCCCUGGUGUGCCCACCUCUGUGGGACCUGUCCUUGCUGUGGGGGCUAUGCUGAGCAGUGGCAGCCAUCAGCUGCCCCAAAGCUCUGCCCUGGCACCCACCAUGGCUCAGCUCUCCCUGGGUCUCCAGGGACUCUGAGCGGCCUUUUUGCUCUUGUCACCACACAUAGCAGCAAAGUCUGUGGUGCUCAAGGCAGCGGCUGCUCUGUGAACUGUCCAGCCAUCCUGACAGCCUUCCCCCAGUGUCAGUGGAGGGUCUGGAGCCUCUCCAAGGCUCAGGGGGUGUGUAUGUCCCUGGGCACCAUGUGCUGCUGUCGAGGAUCUGGCCCCAUGAGAGGAAGGUGCAGCCCCGUGGGGCUGAAGCUGCCUUGGGCUGCCGGGGGAGGCAAAGUCCAAAUGUGCUGAAGCCUCACCAUGUGAGCAGCGUAGCCGUGGCCAACGAAGUGCCUUGGGGAGCAUCAAGCAGCUCCUGUGUGGUUUGCAGCGGUGGAGGCAGGCCUGGCUGGCUGUGCCUGGCACGGGAAAAGGCUCUGGCAGUCGGAUAUGCUUGUGUGGGCAGAGGCUGGACGUGGCCUGUGUCAGGUGAUGGUGGGAGGUAGGAUUUUCAACAGAGUGCUGGGGAAUGGCUCCUGGAGUCUCUUGAUGAGGAUGAGAGCUGCUUCAUUUGUGCUCUCCCCUUCUCCUGCUGUGCUUCAGCCAUGGCUUUUGUUCUAGGCUGUGACUUCUCUUCCUUUCAUUGCGGCUGCAAUCCCCAAGAAAACUUUUAAUCUGCAUUUUCUCCCCUAACCCUGCCUAUUCUGGGAUCAGAGCUGGUGAUAAGACCAUAGCCCUAUUGUUAUUGUGAGCUUAGCCUUAUUAAAGGAAUAUCCACAGCCUACAGAGCUGAAAUGACUAACCUGAACCUCGCAGCCCCAUUGUGCAUAUUUCCACAACCUGUUUACACCCCUCUCAACUGCCAGUGCCCUUGCUUUGGAGGAUGACAGCAGCACCUCAUUCCUCCAUGGCUCUGACAGCUGGAGCAAGGGCCCGAGGCUGAGCCCAGACCUCAUUUUGGGAGCAAAGCCCCUGUGGGAUUUCUUUAUGGAUGUUUUGUGGUCAGUGGUGCUGGGAUUCAUGACCCUAAUGGACACAGAUGUGCUGGCAGAAGCCUCUAAUGCUUUAGAAAGGUUGUGGUGAAAGCAAUCCGAGGGAAGUAUGGAAUAGGCUAAAGCUGUGACAGUGCAUUUGUUAGCUUAGCAAAGGCCCUGCUAGCAGGAUUUCACUGGAUUGUUUCACUGUGUUGUAGUCUCAGUAUAGCGUUUUUCUUCCUCUGCUGGCAGCACAGGUGAGGAAACGGUCUGAGACCCUCCUCGCCAUUCCUGCUGGCCAUGGGCUCUGUUGAUGUCUCCUGGCCGCUUACUGUGAGCCUGCUCUGCUGGCCUAGACCUUGGCAGCUCAAAGGAAAAGGAGUCAGUCUCGGGACUGGUGAGACAUUGCUCUGUUCAACACAGCAUUAGCCAAGGCCAGCUGGUACAGCUGAACGUGAGGUGGAGUCUCCCAGCACUGAGAUCCCUUUCCAGGGACUUGGUGGCAGGCACCUUGCAGAGGGGCAGAGGAGACAGCUCUCACUGUGCAUCCAGUAGUUGGCUCUGCAAGACCACUGAAGGAAAAUUAGAUGUUUUGCCCUCAAAGAUGCAUCUUCUUGGUGACUCUGCCCUUUUGUCUUCUCUCUCUUCCCUGUGCACUAAGGUGUAUUCACAGAACCACAGAUGGAUUUGGGUUGUAAGGGACUCUAGAAGUCUCAAGUCCAGCUGACCUCCUGCUCAUGGCAGAGCUCACUUGAGACCGAGUUGUUCAGGGCUUUGUCCAGUUGAGUUUUGAGGACUUCCAGGGCCAGGAAGUCCAUGGCCUGUUCCUAGGCUGUGGCAUUUUCCUUUGGAGAGCCACCUGCUGUGCCUGCAGCUUCUCUCUCCAGCUGUCUGUAGCUGCUUGUGUGAUGUGCUAGGACUUUGUGUCAGGUCAUCUAUGUCCUGCAGCAUUUGGGCAACAGGUAGAGAGAUCUGGGGGCCAUCUGUUUUUUACCACUUCCAGGUCUUUUAUUUCUUUUAAUCAGUGUCUCAAUAUUCCUAGGGCAGUUUCAACAUACUCUGCUCAGGAAUGCAGUACACCUCCAAGCCUUUUUUGUUGUGCUUGAGAUAGUACUGCCAAAGCUUUUUUACGCUCUCACCCCCUUCUCCUGCAUUUAAUGCUAUUUUGGCAGAUGUUGUCAUGUGGUGAGGGGUGAGCCUUGAAAGAAACAUUGCUUAUUCAUGCUAUAGACACAAAGCUGGUCCUUGAAGCUGAAUUGCUCUGCAGAUACCAGGCGUUGCUGCUGUGCGUGUACCUGGAUUGUUACUCCUUUCUCUGUUGCAAAGCCUUGACACUUUGUGCUUGGGGGAAUCCUGGUCUUACAAGAGGAUAUGAGAGGAUCCAAGCAGCUUCAAACUGCUGCCAGGAUGGCAUUCUGGAUGGAUGAGCACACUCCUGUUGGUUGUCUUAGAGUUUGCUGCCAGUACGGAGGUCUUGGCUUAGCGGCAAGUACCUCUGAGAUUGAGGAAUGUUGUCAGGUACGUUUGAAGUGUGGCAGGGAGUCUCCUUGUAAACCUAAUUCCAGGCAAUUCUUGCAAGAUUUCUGAAAUUUGUCCUUCUUGCACUUUCUUGAAGCUGAGGUGAAGUUUCUGGAAUGCAAGCUCAAAAUCUAGUUUGGUCAUUCCUGCCUCUGAGGAGACUUGUGGUUGCUGUUCUGCAGCACCAUCUCCUCUGUGCUGGAGGAUUUGGGCUUUCUGGGUUCUGGGUGAUUGCUGUACUGUGUUUGAGGCUUGCAGUGUGAGCUGGUACUCCUGCUCUGGCAAAGGUAGUGGUGGUCUUGGUCCCUUCUGGCUUUGUGGGACUGUUAGAAAACAGUUGCUGGAGUCUUGAGGCUGCUGGUGAUGUUCUGGGAAAGCCCUUAUUUUCCCCAUAUGCCAGUUCCUAUUGUGUAGACAGUGCCAGGCACACGUGAAGGCUGGCCUGGAGGGGACAUGGUGACAGCAGUCUAAUUAGGAACCAAUAGUACAUUUGGAGAUGAGACAACUGUUCACUGAGCCCUGCCUGCAGACCACAGGCUGAAGGACUUGACCAGUGACAUCCUGCAGUAGCUAAAGCUGGCUUGGAGAGAGUCACUGAAUGCUGUUGUAAACCCUCCAAGUCACAGAGGGCUUACAGAUCCUGGGGUCAGUUGUUUAAGCAUCUGUUUCUGAGUUUGUCCAACUUUGAUUUCCAGCUUCUUGAGUCCUCAUACGGUGCAUUUGUCAUCUCUGAAGGGUCCUCUGCUGUAGAUCUUCUUACCUUGUGAUUUUUUUUGAGAUGGGUCAUGUCUCCCCAUUUCUUUUCAGUGAACAAAAUAGUUUAUUACUGGAAGGUGUUUUCUGAGCCCUGGUUGAUUGAUAAAGCACUGGGAUUCUUGCAUUACUGUUCAGAUUAAAAAAAAAUAUUUUAAACAUCUCAGCUCUUCCAAUAACUGUCAUCAAGUGUAGACAGUAGCCAAGAAUGAGACAGUAAUGGUCUAACAUGGUCGUGUGUGCAAGUAGCACUGUACUGAAUGUCAACAGUGGGUUUUGUGCUCUUGAAGGCUGAAUUUGGGCUGCAGGGUAAGAGCUCAGAGAGCUACCUCUCCAAAACCAAAAUCCUUUCUGCUCCUUUCUGGAGAAUUUGGACUGGACUGAAACCUUGUCCUCAGCAGUGUCCUUAGUUUAAUGGCAAUUCUUCAUAAAUCCAUUUGCUUUAAGAUGAGUUGAACAAUCUGUAAUAAAGGUUUGCAGUGCUUGAAUUUAGAAAGCUGUCAACUGCCCACAUAAACUCAGCUAAGUCACAGCAGUGAAGUUGGCUUUUGCCAUAUUUGUCACUCAAGGUGUAAUAUUGUUAAUGAAGAUAUGUUGACCAUGCUGGUAGGACAUGAUAUUAUUUCCUUAAUGUUUUAUUGGUAGAAUAAAACAUUUAUUGUAUUGACACUGUUGGGGCUUUUUGAGAAAUACUAGGUUGAGUGUUACUGUUUAUUCAAAAAUGUGGCACAAAACAUAGGGCUUCCUGAAGAGCUCUGCUCAGGUCUUACAGAGCUCAUAGGUAGGAAGUGGCUGAAAUGUUAAUAUAAGCAUCUUAAUUUUUGUAGUUAUUAGUUAAUUCUUUUCAUAUUUCACAUGAUCUCUAAUAGUGAAAAAGAUAAAUCCUUCAACCUUCAAAAGGAUUGAAAAUCUGAAUCCAUAUCCAUGAACGAAAGUCGAGGACAGGUCCCCAAGCAGUUGCUGUUCCUUUACUAGAGGAAAGCAGUAACUGCAUGGCUGUGCUUUUUUUUUGUGGGGAGUAAAGACUUCUGAGAUAUUCACUUCAUUGUGAGGGAGUGGCAACAGUAUUUUUUCUAGCAGUCUGGUUUUAAUUAAGUGUUUGAUGGUAGAUCCACAUUUGUAUAGGCAGGCCACGUGUUCCCUUGCUAAUAGUUACCCGAGGACACUGAAGAUCUGUGCAGUUCCACCUCCACUGAUGUCUUUAAUAAACUGAAUGAAGUCCCAGGUAGUCACUUGGUGUGCUCGGGUGUCCUGGCAGAGAUGUCACACCCUGAGCUGCCAUGUCUGGGAGGAGAUCCACGUGCCCCCUCUUUGGCAGAAAGGGCAGGGCAGGUCUGGUAAUCACUGGAUUUGGCAGUCAGUGUUGUGUUCUGUCCCAGUCCUGCACGCUCGGGGAGGACUCUCAGCCAUCCCAUCACUUCUUUGGAAACUCUUGCACGCUCCUUGGGAAGCAGUGUGCUGCAGGCUGGUGUGCAAGGGACUUUGCUCCUUGAACUUAUUCUCUUCCCAAGGAUAUAUCUGUUACUGAAUACUCCAGAGAGGUGCUGAGUGCUAAGUAAGGAGUUUCCAAAUGACCAGUGGAGCGGUCGUAUCUGCUGUAACGUGCAGGAUUUCAGCACACUGCCUCCUCUUUGUUUGACCAAGUCGUGCUCCAGUGUACUCUCCUCACUGCCAGGUAUGUGGCUGGAAAAGAGGAAGAUUUCAAGCAGACCAGUGAGCAAAUCCCAGUGACUGAGCUGGUCCUGGAAUAAAAAAGAUGAUGACUUGUGGUGGAUCAUUUCAGCAUCUGCCAAAAACAAUAAGCUGUUCUGCUUCUGUUGUAGAAAGUGAGAAAAGACUUUACCAGAAGAAAAGUGCACGCUCCGUUUGCAGCUUAACUCACUGUGAAGCUCAGCAGAAAGCCCAGAUGAAUCUGAGUGCCCGGGGCAGACAGAAGUAGAGCUUCUUACCUUGCUGCAGCUGAGCAGCUCUAAUUUCUUUAGGUUGAGUUUGACUUCAGAGCAACUCACAGAACUGGAAAGCAUCAUUUUCUCCUGUUCUGAGGGCCACCCUCUUCAUCCUCAUCCACUAGUAGUUGAAAGCCAUUGUAAAGAAUUCAUUGUCAGAGACAUUCCUUGCUUUCCCACUCAGACUGUCAGCAUCGUGUUGGGUCCAGCUUCAAUUCUUAACUCCAUCAGCUUUUCCAGAUUCUCAUAAAUACACCAAGGGUUAGCAUUCAUGUACCCUGUAACCCCUUGGAGCUCUGCUGCAGCAGGUUGAAAACAAACAGAAGGAAAAUACUUUUAAAAACUAAAUGUUAAGCUGCAGAAAAUAGAGCCACUGGAAUUUCUGGAGUAUAAGUUGGUUCAAAGUGGGAUUAGGCAGACUCACAGAGGAUUUGCCCAGUACAGACUCUUAACAGUGACAUUGUCAGUGCAACUCAAGCCGAGUGGUUCUUCAGCAGCUGAGUCCUGCCUGAUCAGAGGAUAAGCUGAAGAGGAACAUCCUUUUAGUUAUGUUUCUUAUACUCUCUCCUCAGGUGUCCAUUCUUGGUGUGAAUAGGAACAGGAUACUCGAGUACGUGGUCCUUUCGUUGGACUGACUGCAGUAGUCCUUAGCUUUGCACGUCCCAAGAGGAGGUUUUGGGUCCUUCACCAGAAGGUGUGAGCUGUUCUGCUGGGAGGAUUCUGAUGAAAGGGGACAGCACCUCGAACACACGGGCGAGCUCAGGGCUUCCAACCAGAGUGUGCAAUUGCCAUCUUCUAAAUGGAUUCCAGUGAAUUUUCGGGAUCUAUGGACCCCCUGUCCUUGCCUGACAAACCACUUAUUGGAGAUCUCCCUGCUGACAUGGAGUUUGGUGAAGAUCUCCUGGGCUCCCAAACAGCUUCCACCCAGGAAGCUUCAGUUCUUCAGCCCCCUGGCUGGGAUCAAUCCAAGCAGAUGACUGCAGAUGGGGACUUGGACCUUCUAGUGAAAGCAGACAGCCUGUCUGAACUAAAUAAAUCAAAUGACCAUGUUCUAGAUAAACCUAAUGUCUUGGAUAUGCUGGAGAAACCUGAUGUCUUAGAUGACUUGGAUAAAACUGCUGACUUGAUGGAGCAGGAUAAACCUGAGGGUCUGGAUGGGCUACGUAAGGCACAUCCUUCCCGGGACGUGGAGGAUGGACCAUCAGACUCCUCUGCCCUUUCUAGAGAAGCCCUUGUUCCAGAAACAUGGAAAGAAGGGGAGGAUGCACCAAAAAAUUGUUCUGGGGACCUAAAGGAAGACGGUGCUGCUGCUAUUCCUGCACUACCUGGUGACAAGGCCCCUGAAUCACCUCGAAAACCCAUUCCUGACUCUGGGAACCUCAGCAGUGCCCCAGCCACGGAAGAAACCACAGCACAGUCCUCAAGUCCAGCAAUGCCCCCACCCCAGCUCAGUCUUAAACAGACAAAGAAGAUGAAGUUGAAAGCACCAAGGAAAAGCUCACCCCUGCAGAGGGAAGGGCUGGCAGGGGAAGCAGAGGUGGAACCGGUCCCAGACAGCAGAACUGCAGCUUUGCCCCCUGAGCCUAUGGAGGAAAACCGGGCAGAGGGAGGGGAUGAUAGUGGGAAAAACUCGCUUAAAGAAAAUAGUGUACUCAAAGCACAGGAAGCCUCAGCACCAGCAGGAGAAAGCCUGUCUGGGAAGGGGAGCGAGCUUCCAGCUGAGAAGGAGCAGAAAAGAAGUGAACGACCCAGAAGAUCAGAAACUGCCAGACCUGAAACUGUGAACUCCUCUGAGAGUAUUCCAGUGUCUGACGAAGACUCUGAUGCAAUGGUGGAUGAUCCCAACGACGAGGAUUUCGUUCCUUUCCGCACGCGGCGCUCGACCCGCAUGUCCCUGCGCACCCAGAUGGCCCAGCGAGCCGCCCGCUCCACCUUCACCAAGAUGACCUGUGCCAACUGCAGGACCCCCCUGCAGAAGGGCCAAACCGCCUACCAGCGCAAAGGGCUUCCUCAGCUCUUCUGCUCCAGCUCCUGCCUCACCACCUUCUCAAAAAAACCACCUGGCAAGAAGAUAUGCACCUUCUGCAAAAAGGAGAUCUGGAACACCAAGGACUCUGUGGUUGCCCAGAUUGGUUCAGGUGGCUCUUUCCACGAGUUCUGCACCUCUGUCUGCCUUUCCCUCUACGAGGCCCAGCAGCACAGACCAGCACCUCAGUCUGCAGAUGCCUCGGACACCAGCCGCUGCAGUGUUUGCCACAAACCUGGCGAGAUCCAGCACGAGGUCAGCAACGGGAGCGUGGUUCACCGCAUCUGCAGUGACGCCUGCUUCACCAAGUUCCGGGCCACCAAGGGGCUGAAGACAAACUGCUGUGACAACUGUGGACUUUAUAUCUACAACAAGGGCUUGCCCCUGGAGUACCUCUUCCACGAAGGCCAGCAAAAACGGUUUUGCAACUCUACGUGUCUCAACAGUUACAAGAAGAAGAACACCCGGGUCUACCCCUGCAUGUGGUGCAAGACGCUGUGCAAGAACUUUGACAUGCUGCCCAAUGUGGAUCGCAGUGGCAAGAUGGGCCUGUUCUGCUCCAUUUGCUGCACUACCUCCCACAAAGUGAAGCAGUCAGGCUUAGUCGGUCCCCCUAGACCCUGCAGCUUCUGCAGAAAGAGCUUAUCUGAACCCUGCUAUUACAACAAGACAGACCGGGUUGUCUACCAGUUCUGCAGUCCCAGCUGCUGGACCAAAUUCCAGCGCACCAGCCCGGAAGGUGGGAUCCACCUCAACUGCCAUUACUGCCACAAUCUUUUCAGCGGGAAGCCAGAGAUCCUAGACUGGCAGGACAAGGUGUAUCAGUUCUGCUGCAAGGACUGCUGCGAGGACUUCAAGCGGCUGCGUGGGGUGGUGUCCCAGUGUGAGCACUGCAAGCAGGAGAAGCUGCUGCAUGAGAAGAUCCGUUUCUCUGGAGUGGAGAAGAACUUCUGCAGCGAAGGGUGUGUGCUUCUUUACAAACAGGAUUUCACCAAGAACCUGGGCCUGUGCUGCAUCACCUGCACCUACUGUUCUCAGACCUGCCAGCGGGCGGUCACCGAGCAGCUGGAGGGCAGCACCUGGGACUUCUGUAGUGAAGACUGCAAAAGCAAAUACUUGCUCUGGUACUUCAAGGCAGCUCGGUGCCAUGCCUGCAAGCGUCAGGGGAAGCUGCUGGAAACCAUCCACUGGCGGGGGCAAAUCAAACACUUCUGCAACCAGCAGUGUCUGCUGCGAUUUUACAAUCAACAGAACCAGCCCAACCUGGACACGCAGAAGGGGCCCGAGAGCCUGCUGAACAGUCAGACUUCAGAUCCAAAACCAGCUGUCCCUUCCCCACAGAAGACAGAGACUAACAUGCUGUCAGCAAAGGCCUCCUCAGCCCAGACAUCUUCAGCUGCGCCGCCUCCCGCCCCACCAGUGGUUCCAGCUACCCCUCGGAAAAACAAAGCUGCCAUGUGUAAACCACUGAUGCAGAACCGGGGCGUUUCCUGCAAGUUAGAAAUGAAGUCCAAAGGAUGUCAGACAGAGGCUGACUGGAAGCCCCAGGUGGUUGUAUUGCCAAUCCCCGUCCCGAUCUUCGUGCCUGUGCCUAUGCAUAUGUACUGCCAGAAAGUACCUGUGCCUUUCUCCAUGCCUGUCCCGGUGCCUGUGCCAAUGUUCCUGCCCACCACCCUGGAAAGCACAGAGAAGAUUGUGGAGACCAUUGAGGAACUGAAAGUGAAGAUCCCCUCCAAUCCCCUGGAAGCUGACAUCCUGGCCAUGGCUGAGAUGAUUGCAGAGGCUGAGGAACUAGACAAGGCCUCCUCGGACCUGUGUGAUCUGGUGAGUAACCAGAGUGCAGAGGGUCUCCUGGAGGACUGUGAUCUGUUCGGACCAGCACGGGACGAUGUGUUGGCUAUGGCUGUCAAGAUGGCAAAUGUCCUCGAUGAGCCGGGCCAGGAUCUGGAGGCUGACUUCCCUAAGAACCCUCUAGACAUCAACCCCAGUGUGGACUUCCUCUUUGACUGUGGGCUGGUGGGACCAGAUGAUGUGUCCACAGAGCAAGAUCUGCCUCGAGCUGUCCGAAAGGGGCAGAAGCGCCUGGUGCUCUCUGAAAGCUGUUCCCGGGACUCAAUGAGCAGCCAGCCCAGCUGUACAGUCCUGAACUACUCGUAUGGAGUGAAUGCCUGGAAGUCCUGGGUGCAAGCCAAGUACGCAGGAGGAGAGACCAGCAAGGGAGAGGAGCUACGCUUUGGCCCCAAGCCCAUGAGGAUCAAGGAGGACAUCUUAGCCUGCUCAGCAGCUGAGCUCAACUAUGGCCUGGCCCAGUUUGUCAAGGAGAUAACACGGCCCAACGGGGAGCGCUAUGAACCCGACAGCAUCUAUUACCUCUGCCUUGGCAUCCAGCAGUACCUGCUCGAGAACAAUCGUAUGGUGAAUAUAUUUACAGACCUUUACUACCUGACCUUCGUGCAGGAGCUGAACAAGUCCCUGAGCGGCUGGCAACCCACAGUCUUACCAAAUAACACUGUUUUCUCCCGUGUCGAGGAGGAGCACCUCUGGGAGUGCAAACAGCUGGGUGUUUACUCACCCUUUGUGCUGCUGAACACCCUCAUGUUCUUCAAUACUAAGUUCUUCGGGCUACAGACAGCGGAGGAGCACAUGCAGCUCUCCUUCACCAACGUGGUGCGCCAGUCCCGCAAGUGCACCACUGCCCGUGGCGUGACAAAGGUGGUGAGCAUCCGCUACUAUGCUCCUGCCAAGCAGAAGAAAACCCGAGAUGGUGGCUCUGGAAAACGGAAGCGUGAGGAGGAGGUACCGAUGUUGGAGCAGCGGGAGAACAGGAUGAACCCCCUCCGAUGCCCAGUCAAGUUCUAUGAGUUCUAUCUCUCCAAAUGCCCCGAGAGUCUGCGGAACCGCAACGAUGUGUUCUACCUGCAGCCCGAGCGGUCCUGCAUCGCCGAGUCCCCGCUGUGGUACUCGGUGAUCCCCAUGGACCGCAGCAUGAUGGAGAGCAUGCUGAACCGCAUCCUGGCCGUCAGGGAGAUCUACGAGGAGCACAGUCGGCUCAGCAGCCUGGAGGAUGACAUGGACUAAGAGUGAGGUGCUGCUGGGCUGGCUGUGCUCCAGCCCUGGACACCCCAUCUUCCUGCCUCCCGCUGCAGGGCAGGGGCCGUGCAGCACGGGAGGGGAUGGUGCUGCAGCAGUGCUGUCCCUUCAUCAUUACCAGACUUGGACAUCCCAUCCUGCUUGUUACAGGCCUCCCUUACAUACAUGGCCCUCAUGCUCAGCUCUGCCUCCUCCUUUUGGCUGCUGGGUGAACCAUCUUUCCCAGGGCCAGUUCCCAUGGCACAGGGGUGGCAGAGUCCCUGGGGCACCUGCCCUCACCUUUGUCCCCCCUACCCCCAGCCCUGCCACUCCCCCCCUCUUCCCCUGCCCCAGGGCAGGAAUCUCACAAGGCAGCAGUGCACCAUCAGACCAGUGGUCCCAAAGCUUUUAUUUCCCUCUUCCUUCAUCAUUCCCUCAUGAGGGUGCAGGUGGUAUGGUAGGAACAGUAGCUCUGCUACUGGGGCAGAAUUGUGGUUACAAGCCAGUGGGGAUGGACCACAGGCUACCUGAGAGCCGUAGGGUCAGGGGGAGGGCUUUUCCCAGGUGUGGGAGAGGUUUAGGUUGGCUUCAGAGGGUGGAGGGAGCUGGCACUGGAACAUGAGAGCAGAGAUCUGGCCUUGCCAUGGGGACACCUCCCUCAUGUGCAGCUGAGAUGUCUCUCUCAAUUUGGUCAGUGUUUCCUGAGUUGUCUGAAAACUGAUGGAGAUGGGUCUGGGUCAGUGCUGCCCCUCUUUCCCCACUGUCCCCUGUCCUGGUGUAGGUCCCCUCCCCCAUGCAAGGUGCCAUCAGUGGGAACCUCUGCUCCAGCCAGGGUCUUGGGCAGCUGCUGGCAGAAAUAGGGAGCUCUGCCUGGUCUCCCCCUCCCUUCCAAAGCAGCAGGCUGCCACCGCCCUGCCCAGAGCAAGUCUGGCUCCAGCUGUGCCACUCCCUGCUGCCUCCUGCCCCUCCUCGUGUUCUGGUCAGUUUUAUUGAGCUGUACAUGGGUCUCCUGUUGAGCCUGUAUAUAUUGUUCUGGGCCCUGGCCCGGGGCCAUCUGUUCUCUGUGUCCAUGUGGAGAGUGAGCCGCUCACCAGUCUUGUUGUAGUGAUGCCAGGGCAGUAGGAACUAACCCUGUGUCUCUGGAAACCAUUCAUUUCAAAUAAAGAUGUGGAAAACUUU